AUGCAUUUGGUCUUAAUUGAGAUUAUUAGCUACAGAGACGAAGAUAAGGAGAUAGAAAAAGAGAAAGCAGGCGGGAGUGGCGGUUCAUCUUCUGGCACAAUUAGUGAGGGUGAUGAUCUUGGAGAAGUAGUUGUACCGUCAACACCUAAAUCGAAAAUGAAGAAGGAAGUAGAUGAAAAAGUUUCUAAAGAUGAUGAAAACGUUAUGCAGACGCCACUUAGUAAACUCAAUCGAAUUCCAACACGUAAAAAUGAAAAGCUGGCAGCGCUGUUAGAGAAAAGUUUGAAGGCUCAAUCUCAGCAGCGACAGCAGUCGCGAAAAAAAAGCAAUCUUCCAGCAAUGCGUGGAAAAACACAGCCCAGAAAAUCACGCAUUUCACUGCCACAAUCAUCAUCUGUCUCCAGUCCUGCCAGUGUUCCACGAACACGUUCUGCACGUGUAAAUUUAAACGAACGUUUCGCUUUGAUGGAUCGAUUAAAUGAGGAAAGUAAUGCAUGUGCUGCUACUACGUCACCUGCUGCAUCUCAGAUUACGACCAAAGAAGUAUCAUUGGACAAAAGUAUCGUUGAGCGGUAUCGCAAACGCAUCGAAGCUGUCCGUCAGUCGGCACGUAAAAGUGAUAAAAAUGAGGUAUUUUAUGGUCGCUGCACAUCACGUCGUAACUUGUUCGAUGAUAGUAUUGACGAGGAAGACAAUGAAGGAAUAUCGUUACGUUCUACAGCUUGUAUUCAGAAGAACCGCAGCGGACGAUCAGUACAAACUAGCCAAAAAGUAUACAUGGCACAUGCAUUGCUUAAUGUUUACAACACAGAUCCUUUGAAUCCACCGAAAUUACCAAAGGAUGCUCCAUUCAAAUUGCAUCGUCUUAUUCGUCCGGCAUCGAAAUCAGAUAAAAAGAGGCUGUUCAAGCUCAGGCUUCGAAUAGCUCGCGAAAAGUCAGGAUCAUCAUCUUCAUUGGUUAAACGUAGCAUAUCGUGUGAGACUCUUGAAACUGCGAGUUCAAAGAAUAUGAGAACAAAAUCCGAAAUAGUGGAAGAAAAUUUAUCAAACAGAAGUGAGAAGUUUGAAGGCAUUGAAAAGGAAAGAAUAUUAAAAAGUAACAGUUUCGAAAAAAAAGAGGAGCUUUUUAGAGAUCCAAAUGUAAGAAAAUUAUCUAGGAAGUCAAGUGCGACAUCGAGAAAUAUUGAGACAGAUUCUGAAUCUUCCAUCCAACCAUUGAGGAAAAAUUCUAGUAAAAGAAAAAAGUCAUCCCAAAGUCAUCACUGUAAAGUGUCAUUCUGCGAAUCGAAAACUCCAGAUGACAGUGGAUUAAUUGUAAGUGAGAAAUCGUCAAAAAUUUUCAGUGAAGCGAUAGAUAAUGUUUCCGAAACAGUUCCGAAUCCAUGUAUUAAUUCCGUUUUUGAGGAAUCUGUGUCUACAGAUAUUAUAGAGGGGAAGAUGAGAAAGGCGAGUCCCGAAGUUACGAUGGAUAAAAUAGAAAACGCAGGUGAAAGACUAGAAAUUUUGAGUGAAGUAUCCUGUCAGAUGAAAGAAAAACAAGAAGAAAUGGACGUGUCAUAA